AUGGAAACAAAUGGAAUCAAUCAUGCUAUAUUUGCACUUCAAAUAAGGAAUGAAAUUCAUCGUCAAACAAAUGAUUUAUUAGACACUGUGAAACUUGUCAUGAGUUUGCAAAGUGGGAGGAUGGGCAGAAAGAGGUGGAAGAGGAGGAGAAAAACAAAUGUAGCGAUUCUGUCAGGCGACAUGGGCGUAAAAAAAGUGGGGUAA